AUGUCCUUCCGCUUCGGCCAAGCGAGCGACACCCGCGCGAGCUCCACGGCGCCCUCUUCCGCCACUGCGUCGUCGUCUUCGGCCCCUUCUGCUAAUGCGUUCAGCUUUGGCGCGAGUGUGGGCGGCAUCUCGACGGCGUCAGCAGCGCCGUCGUCCAGCGGCUUUUCCUUUGGCGCGAGUGCCAGUGCACCUGCAGCGCCAGUGACGUCGACAGCGCCGGCUAUAGGCUUUGGAUUCGGGACAGGGACUCGAUCUGCCGCUGCCGCGCCGAGUACAAGCGCGUUCAGCUUUAGUGCGCCGUCUAAAGCCUCUGCACCGCUGUCGUCCGGGUUCAGCUUUGGGGCACCUGCGAAAUCUGAUGCAGCUGCUACGACUGCGGCUACUACUACUACUGCGGCUGCUACUACGGAUACUGCAGCUACUACGUUGACGACAGCGACUCCGUCUUUUGGGUUUGGUGCACCGGCAGGAGCAGGGGAUAACGCCAAGUCGACGCCAGCAGCCACGUCGGGGUUUGGCUUUACGGCCACUUCUUCUGCACCGACGACUUCGUCAACGGCUUCUGCGCUAACAAGUGGGUUCAGCUUUGGCACGACGAGUGGGACGCCAGCGUUGGUUGCUGCUACGUCAGCAGCGACGAAGCCCACGACCUCGGGGUUUUCGUUUGGCGGUGCAAGUACUACUACUUCUGUAGCGACGAAGCCCACGACCUCGGGGUUUUCGUUUGGUGGUGCAAGUACUACUACUUCUGCAGCGACGAAGCCCACGACCUCGGGGUUUUCGUUUGGUGGUGCAAGUACUACUACUUCUGCAGCGACGAAGCCCACGACCUCGGGGUUUUCGUUUGGUGGUGCAAGUACUACGUCGGCAGCACCAGCACCAGCAGCGACUAAGUCCACGACCUCGGGGUUUUCGUUUGGUAGUGCAAGUACUGCUACUUCCGCAGCACCAGCAGCACCAGCAGCACCAGCAGCGACUAAGCCCACGACCUCGGGGUUUUCGUUUGGUGAUGCAAGUACUGCUACUACAGCAGCACCAGCAGUGAGUGCUGAAGAGAGCAAGAGCGAGACGAGUACGACAUCGUCGUCGACAGUGCCGUCGUUUGGGUUUGGCACGUCGACAGCUGUUUCCAGUGCUAGCGGAGCAACGACGGCGGCGACUACGUCGACUACCACGACGACAGCGAUUGCUACGACGACCACGUCAGGUCCAGUUACCGAGACAGAGAAGCCUCCUGCUGAGUAUAUGGGUCGGACCAUCGAGGACAUUAUCAAUGCGUGGAGUGAGCAACUGGAGCGUAAUGCCGACACUUUUACUACAGAAGCUGUGAAGGUGAGCAAAUGGGAUAGCGACCUUUUGGACAGCCAGAGAAAGCUGGGGGACAUUGCUGGUGACGUGCGGCGUAUACAAGUCGCGCAGAACGAGCUAGAUUCGAACCUCGACACGAUCUUUGCGUACCAGAUGGAGCUGAAGUCGACGCUUGAGCAACUGGAAAAGAGUGUGGACAAGAUGUAUGAGUCACAGCAUCAGAUGCCAGUGGCCGCCGACAUUGAGCGUGAGCAGACGCUGCAGUUGUCGGUGGACAUCGAUGACCAGCUGAACUCGAUGACGACGACGCUGAAGGAGACGGUCGAGAAGCUGAACAAGGCUCAAGAUGACGCGGCUGAUGAGAACAACCCGAUGGUGCAGAUCAUGAAGGUACUGAACGUGCACCACAACUCGCUGCAGUGGAUCGAAGGUACGACUGGCCGGAUCAGUAGCGAAAUUGCCCAGCUGUCGAGUAAGCUGCAGAACUCGUCGAUUUAG